CAGCGCCGACUCGACGACACUAUAAAUAGCAGCAGCAGGGGAAGCGUGCGGGAGCUUUACCUUCCGAAACUUCUCGCUAUGGAUACGCCGGAGCUGCCGUCGUCUCCUGCUUCACCGUUUCAACUGGCGGUGGCGGCGUUGUUUGGAGCAUCUGUGAUGGCUCUCUCCGCGUUUUACAUCCACAAGCGCAGCGUCGAUCAAGUUUUCAAUCGCCUUAUCAAACUCCGCCACCGCGCCCGCCGGCAGUUCACGGAUGACGAAGAAGUUGAUUUUUCGGACUGGAACGCUGACAAUGACAAGAGCGUGAACGUGUGGAGAAGUAACAAUACGGUAUUGAAUUUGAAUUCAUUCGAUGAUGGCAACGAGGAUGGUUAUGGUCAGGAGGCUGUGGAUUAUCGAGUUUCGUCUUCCAUGCCGAAUGUUACCGUUCUGAAAAAUGAACGGAAAGAAUCGGGGUUUUCUAGGACUUCGGAGAUGCCGGAUUCGUCUGGUGAAACCGAAUUGAUUCCUACUGAUUUGCCACCGGCUCGGACUGAUUAUAGAGAUGGAGAAUCUUGUAGGCCUGUGACUCCUCAGUCAACAGCUGCUGCUUAUACAGUUGAGAGCACAUGGGAUUCUGAUAUUGAAGAAGCUGAAACUUCAGAGGAGAAUGCCCUAUCCUAUCAAGAUGAUAUGAAUCUAACAACUUCUAAUCAAACCCUUGCUCAGUCACAAGUAGAGAAAAGCAUUUAUAUUCAUGCCCAUAAAUCUGAAGCAAAGUCCAAUACGGAUCAUGCUGAGGGAGAAGUAUAUAAAACAUCAGAUAACGUUGUGGCAGAUGAUCUUUUAUUUGGCAACAACAAUUUUUCAUCAGUAACUUCCUUUCAUGACUCUUUAACUGUUGAAGAACAUGAAGUAAUGAAGAUGAUUCAUGAAUGUCUAGAGCUGAGAGACAAAUAUGUGUUCAGAGAAAGUAUAGCACCUUGGAGGAGAAGUAAAGAUGGAUCUAGUUUAGAUGGGAUGAAAAAUGACCCUCUUCGCUUUGUCCCAGUUGAAGCAUCUACUCAGCAUGUCUUCAAAAUGGUAGAUGGUGUAGUGCAUGUAUAUGCAAGUGAAAAUGACUCCGAAGAACUUUUUCCUGUCGCAAAUUCAACAACAUUUUUCACUGAUAUGCACCAUAUCUUGAAAGUGAUGUCCAUUGGAACUGUACGAUCUGUGUGCUAUCAUAGGCUACGAUUCCUUGAAGAGAAAUUCCGCCUUCACUUGUUAGUGAAUGCUGAUAGAGAGUUUUUAGCUCAAAAAAGCGCACCACACCGUGAUUUCUACAAUAUACGGAAAGUCGACACCCAUAUCCACCAUUCUGCUUGCAUGAACCAGAAGCAUCUUCUUCGCUUCAUCAAGUCAAAGUUAAGAAAAGAACCAGAUGAGGUUGUUAUUUACCGUGAUGGACAAUACCUUACCCUAAAAGAAGUAUUUGAUAGCUUGGAUUUAACAGGGUAUGAUCUGAAUGUAGAUUUGUUGGAUGUUCAUGCUGACAAGAGUACUUUCCAUCGAUUUGACAAAUUCAAUCUCAAGUACAAUCCUUGUGGACAGAGUAGGCUUAGAGAAAUUUUUCUGAAACAGGAUAAUCUUAUACAAGGGCGUUUCCUGGCUGAAGUGACAAAGGAGGUUUUAUCAGAUCUAGAAGCAAGUAAAUACCAGCUCGCUGAGUAUCGAAUUUCAAUAUAUGGGAGGAAACAAAGUGAAUGGGAUCAGCUGGGAAGCUGGUUUGUGAACAAUGGGCUCUAUAGCGAAAAUGCUGUUUGGUUGAUUCAGUUGCCAAAGUUAUACAAUGUCUACAGAAGUAUGGGAACAGUAACUUCCUUCCAGAACAUAAUAGACAACAUUUUCAUUCCACUUUUUGAAGUCACAGUUGAUCCGAAUUCCCAUCCUCACCUGCAUGUUUUCUUAUUGCAGGUUGUUGGCUUUGACAUGGUUGAUGAUGAAAGUAAACCCGAGAGGAGGCCCAAAAAGCACAUGCCUACUCCAUCAGAAUGGACCAAUGAAUUCAAUCCUGCCUUUUCUUACUAUGCUUAUUACUGCUAUGCAAACUUAUACACACUUAAUAAGCUCCGUGAAUCGAAGGGAUUCCCAACAAUCAGAUUUCGGCCACACUGUGGAGAGGCUGGUGAGUUGGACCAUUUAGCUGCUGGUUUUCUACUAUGUCAUAACAUAUCACACGGAAUAAAUUUACGGAAAACGCCGGUUCUUCAAUACCUAUACUAUCUCGCACAGAUUGGUUUAGCCAUGUCACCGCUGAGCAACAAUUCACUCUUCUUGGAUUAUCAUCGGAAUCCAUUUCCCAUGUUCUUCCAGCGUGGCUUGAAUGUAUCCCUGUCCAGUGAUGAUCCUCUACAAAUCCAUCUUACUAAAGAACCUCUUGUUGAAGAAUACAGCGUGGCAGCAAAGGUUUGGAAGCUCAGUUCGUGUGACCUUUGCGAGAUAGCUAGAAAUUCCCUCUAUCAAUCUGGUUUCCCUCAUUCGGCCAAGGCUCACUGGUUUGGGGAGGAGUAUUACAAGAGAGGGCCUAAAGGAAACGACAUACACAAGACCAAUGUGCCAAAUUUGCGAAUUUCCUUCAGACACGAGACAUGGAUGGCCGAGAUGCAGUAUGCGUAUGCUGGGAGAGCCAAAAUCCCAGAUGAGAUCGACUACUAACUAACACUAAGAGAACACUGGCUUGAAAUUUACAAGCACGCGUCCCACAUUUUUCCCCACCUCAAAGUGCUUGCGGAUCCACACGCACCCCUCUUUUCUCUACUAUGCAUGCUGUAUGAUCUUCUCUCUCUCACAGUCUCUGUCUCUCUCUAUAUAUAUAUAUCCAUUCUCUGUGCAUUUGGCAAGAAUACUACUUGGCUGUAACAUAUAUACUGCACGUUUUAUGCUUUCCAUCUAAAUGGACAUUUGAUAA